AUGGAUAUAAGGUUAGACUCCAAUGAAAGGUCCCAACUCCCCCUAGAUGUUGUUGGUGAUAUUGUAAAUCGACUACAUACAUUCAAAGAUUUCGUAGCGGCUGCAGGGGUUUCCAAACCAUGGCGUUCUGCUUGUUUGAGCAUUAGUAGAAGGCCUCAGCUUCCUUGGCUGAUGCUUUCCGAGACACCAUCCACUGACAAGCGAGGUUUCUUUAGUCUCUGCGAUAGCAAUCGUUAUCAAUUACGACUAUCUGAAGUCUGCGGAAAACGUUGUUGGGGAUCUCCGCAUGGUUGGGUUGUAACAUUGGGUCCUGACUAUGAGACUCACCUUGUGCACCUUAUGAAAAGGGUACGCAUUGCUCUUCCACCGCUAAACACAAUUCGAAGACAGGCUGCUAGAGAAGAGUGGUUUCGCCUUGUAAACAAAUUCACUCUCUUCAAGGAGCCUUCCAAUGAGUUGUUGUUCCUUGUCGUUGCAAUUUUCGGGCCCAUGAAUCUCUUGGCUUUUGCUAGAGUGGGAGGAGGAGGAGCAACUUUGAACAGAAGGGGACGAGGUGAGUGGGCUUUUGUUACCAAUCCAAACAACAUGAAAUUCAAAGAUGUUGCAUGUUUUAAUGGUCAAAUGUAUGGACUUUGUGAGAAGGGCAUGCUGGUACGCUUCGAACUUGAUUCUCCUCUGUCAGCUGAGGUACAUGUUAUUUCUCCCCAUCCAGAAGGUGUAUGUGAACCCCAAAAACUAUAUUUGGUGGAAUCAUUGGACAAUCUUUUCGGGGUUUUUCGUUACGGAUUUUAUAUUUCUUCAGAGAGGAGGCACGAGACUGUAUCUUUUUUGGUCUACAAGUUCAACUUUAGUGCAUCAGCUUGGGAGGAAGUGACAGACUUGAAAGAUCAUGCUGUUUUUGUUGGGGAUGGCAACUCCUGGUGCUUUCCUACAAGCACUAUCCCUAGCAAAAGUAAUAGCAUCUACUUCACAGAUGACCAUUGGGAUUGGCAAAUGUACCCUGGAGUGGCAUAUGGAGGCUAUGAUGUGGGAGUGUUUGACAUGGCAAGCAGGGUUAUGCAGCCCCUUCCAUUCGGUAAGGACAAACCACGUUUUUAUUCUCGACCAACCUGGGUUACACCUACUGUGCGUUUGAAUUAG